AUGGCGAAGAAAAGCAGAUCAAAGAACAAGAGGAAGCCACAUAGACCCCUGUUGAAAUCGGCCCACGGCAGCCUGGUUCUGGAUGGCAGACGCCAUAACGCGACCGAUCAACCAUCUCCAUUUAGUGGACCGGCCAUUCCUUCCGUCACAGAGCUGUACUUUCCAGGAUCCGUCAACGGCCAAGGAUCAGAACAUCAAUACAAUUCACAGGCGCCACUCACGAACAGAAAUUUACAGACGCUCCUUGAACAGAGCGGACAGAACGGCGGGCGCGAUAGACCGAUUGCGUUGGAUGUAGACCACUACACGCGCGAUGUGAAUGAGUUUGGCGUGCAGCACGAACAUGAUAACUAUAGUGAGUUUUCGGGCCAAUCCAACAAGCUGCUGCUUGAAUUCGGCGAGCUGAACCCUUCACUGGACCAUCUGAGUGACCUGACGUCAUUGGACGAUGUGUGUUUCCCUGAUUACUACGACCACAGGAUAGAUGAUGAUAGCUCCGAUAGACCCUAUGUAUGGCCCGAUUUGCUGGUUUUGCAGGAGUACAUCGCCGAGGAGAUCGAAGACUUGCAAGCCGAAAUGAAGGAAGAUGCCGAAACGUUUCAGGCUGUAAAUUUCAGAGUCCCAGUGGCGCGCCAUGUAGGCUCAUCUCAGAUACCAGUGCAGAGUGUGGAUCCUACCCAAGUUCUGCCAGUAUCCGAGGGCACUCCACUCUUACAACUGAUUCGUGUCGACGAAGAAAGCCUGUUGCGGCUGGGAUCACUGUCGCUUCGCUUCCGUCCGAAACAGAUCCACCCAUGGCAAAAGAGCCAGGAACAGGUCACUACCAUCCUCAACAACCCCAACCAGCGCAAAUCGGAGCGCUUGUGUCGUUUCACAUAUUUCCGUGAAGACUUCGAAGGCACCAUCCACUCACCAACCCUUUCUGGUUUGGUAAGUUCCGAUCUACAACAAGUUGAUCGGGAGCAAUUACUGUCAUCUUUGAAUCAUCUUUUCGGUCAGUACCAUACCAAAACUGGCUUAGCAUCUAGGAGCUCAUCGGCAGACCUCAGUGGCCAGAGUAAAAAGGUUAAUACAGCUCAGACUGCUGCUUCAUCUAAUACUCAUUUGCAACCACCCACGCCCUCAGCCAUCAAACUCUCUCCCCCCAAUGCCAAUACUUCAUCCACAGCACCUUCCACAAGCAAUGGGCAUCAUGGUCAUAGAUCUCCUUUCUGGUUAGAUAUCCUUGACCCGCUGGAGGAAGAAAUGAAGGUCAUUUCGAAGACAUUUGGUCUUCACCCGCUCACAACCGAGGAUAUUUUCUUGAGUGAGGCAAGAGAAAAAGUCGAGCUAUUCAAACUGUACUAUCUCCUUUGUUUCACCUCUUUCGAUGUGGUUUACGAAAGACGGAAACAACGAGCCAUGGAGCAUGAGAAGAAGAUCAACAAAAUCCUGGAAUAUUCUAAAGAUGAGAACCACGAACUGCGCUUCAAUUACUUAAGAAAACUUUUCGGUAAACUGAGCGAUAACUCAUCAAAGAAAUCAUCUAAAAAUUCCAAGAGUCUGUCGACAAUUUCUAAGAGGGGAAAAGUUCGUAGCGGCGAGCUUUGCCCAUUGAACAUGUACAUGAUUGUCUUCAAACAUGGUGUCUUGACCUUUCACUUUAGUGCCACUCCUCAUCCUAUCAAUGUGCGUCGUAGAAUUCGGAUGCUUAAGGAUCACUUGACUGUUUCAUCAGACUGGAUCUGUUAUGGCUUAAUUGACGACAUCACCGACUCUUUCGCACCAUUGGUUGAUAGCAUUGAGCAAGAGGUAUAUUUGAUUGAAGAUCAAAUUAUGAAGCUCAACUCGAGCCAUGAUUCUGAUUCUGAUACCGAUUCUGAUCCCGAUACCGACUCAGAAGUUAGUCUGAUCGAUCACCGUAGAGCAAAACAGGGUGCAAAUAAUGUGUUCUAUCGUCGACAGAGAUCCAAGUCUAUCGUGGAAGUUCCAGGAGAGAGCAAGAUCUCAUGGCGUCCUACUCAUCGUGGUUCCCGGUCAGAUUAUGCGAUGAGCGACUCUAAAAGAAGCCAUGGAACCAAGUCCAAUACAACUACUACUACAAGGUCUACUCUGUCAGGUAUUGUUGCCUGGAAGAGAAAGGGAGACAUGUUGCGGAGAAUUGGUGAGUGUAGGAAGAGAGUUAUGUCUGUCAUGAGACUCUUGGGUACCAAGGCGGACGUCAUCAAAGGAUUCAGUAAACGUUUUUCUGAGAACGAGUCCUUGGUGAGUCUUCCAGCAGACUCGCGCAGUUUCCCAGUGAGACAGUCUCUGAGACAGGAGAUCUUGAUGUACUUGGGAGACAUUCAGGAUCACAUUGUCACCAUGGUGCAAUCGCUCAAUCACUAUGAGAAACUACUUGCGCGGUCGCAUUCCAACUACUUGGCUAUCAUCAACAUCGAUAUGACCAAGAUUAAUAAUGAUACUAACGACAUCUUGGGUAAGGUGACUAUUUUGGGUACUAUUCUUCUUCCUAUCAAUGUUGUGACCGGUUUAUGGGGUAUGAACUGUAUCGUUCCUGGCCAAGAGCAUCCUGGCCUCGUGUGGUUCUACGGUAUUUUGUUGGGUAUCACGGUGUUCAGUAUCAUCUCGUACAUCUACGCCAGAAGAGUCACAGGCUUGUAA